AUGGCCGCCGCUGGUGGAUCAAUAGAAUGGUCUACCAAUGUGAAACCUAUUUUAACAGCACUUUAUGGACCCUUUUUCGACAAAAACGAUGCAGUGGAAAUAAUACAAGCUAUUAUAAAAAGUGAAAAUGAAUUUCAGAAGCAUGAAGAAGCGUACGACUUGUUUUACACAUGUUUUGCUUGCCUCUCAGCUCAUUUUAUCAGCAUUAAUGCUAAUAACAUACCUCCAGAUCAGUUAAGCACAGCUCAAGAUGCUUUUCGCAUUAUCCUUCAACAAAUCCUCAAGAAAUUGUCUGAAGCUGGGCAGAGCCAGGAGGACACUUCUAAUACGCUGAGCCCCAAUGUGUCUGUCAAGCAGCUGCUAUUGCCAAUUGUGGCCUUAUGUGGUAUUGACAGCAACGGUUAUCUCCCUUCGGAUCUUGUUAUUUUGCUGGCACUUCUGAAGACUGCUAAGCUACCACCUCAUGGAAACGCAAAUGAAAAUCAAACAACAAAGACUUCAAUAUCGAGUCCCAUAACAUCUCUCACAUCAAACACGUCUACAUCAGAGAAGCAACCGCCAACGAAUGCCCAAAGACGAUCUGAUGCACUGCUAGAACGGCUGACCAUGCCACUUCGCAGUCAAGUAUCUAAUGUAUUGCCUCCGGUUCCGUCUGCCAUUGGAGUCACAUCACCGUCGAGCAAAGACAGUAUCGAGAGUGCUAAGGAUGGAAAUGCUCAACUGUCUUCCAUUGAUAUAAAGAAGUGGGUGGCAUCCACGUGCGCUUCGCUUCUGAUGGAGCUGCGAGCGGGAUCCACAAUAUUGGCCAUCUGUUCGUCCCUGCCGUGCCUGCAGCGAUACUUGAACCGCUGGCAAACCGCCAAGGAAUCCGAUUCGGCACCGACAUUUCAUUCGGACGCCGCGCUGCUGUACUUCUUGGUGAACGAGGUGGAGGUGUGUCGCCUAGCGCUGUCCCUGCCUUGCCUGGAGCCCUUCAGUCCGGAGCGGAUCGUCACCCUCAGCGACGUCAGCGCCGCUUGGCUGCUCUGCGCUACCGCCCAGGCCACCCUCCACCAAAAGGACGAAGAGAGCGAAGCGCAGACGGCGACGAUCGUGGAGACCGCGCUCAACCUCUACAAUACCGUGGGAGACAUCUUCAAGCAGUCCACGCGUGCCGGAGGAUACGUGUACCAGAACCACUCGAUGAUCGGGGCGUGGGUGCUCGUCUGCGGCCUGCAUCACGCGCUGGGAGGCGCGCCGGGUCCCGUCCCGCCUGGCAAGAGUCCCGCCAAAGCGCCCCUCAGACCCUACAAUUUGACCAAAAUGCAGCAGAACCUGGGCGUGGUGUGGGUGGCGCUGGGCGGACGCUGCCUGUCGUGGCUCGGCGCCCUGCUGGCCGACGCCCGCCUCGAGGCGCUGAGCUCGGGCUCGGACGGCUCCGCGAGCACCCCGGCCUCGCUCCACAUCUCGACUCACCACUCGGCGCACCAGAGGGAGCUGAGGCUGGCCCUCGCCGCUCCUCUGCACCAGUUGCUGGUGACCCUCGGCGUAGUGUGUUACCGCAAGGCGACGAACCUCAAGCGCGCCGUGGUGCCGAAGGACCGGGACGCCGAAGCCGAUCGCUCCGAGGGCGCCGCCUUCUUCCGGGACAUGCGGCUGUGCUCGGAGGACUCCGAGACCGACGACGAAGACAGCGAACCUCUGUUCGGGCUCUGGUUCGAGUCGACGCUGGUGGCGCCCGACGCCGAAGACGACGGGCUGACCCGCCUCGGCGCCGCCGAAGUCGCCGACGCGGCGCCCGACGCGACCGAGCGGGGCAUCGUGCCCGACAAGGCCGAACCUUACUCGUACAUAUCGCUCGCGACCGACGUGUUCACCCUCCUGACCGACGAGAUAAUCGGCGGCGGCUUCGAGCGCCUCGGCGGCUUCGCUCUCCGGCUGCACGAGGCCCACCACGCCCUGUUGGCCGCGCUGGCCCGAGACCUGGACAGGGAGAGCGCCAGGACCGACACGGGAACGAUCUCGCCGUGUUUCGGCGCCCGUCUGGGCGCUCUCUACUCGGCGUUCAGUUCGGCGCUGGUGCGAUAUCUCCACACGCUGAGCGGCUCCCCGGCCUUCGCCGCCUCGAGGCCUUCGCUGCAGCAGCAACUCGCCUCCGCGGAGCGACCCAACACCGUCCCUUUACAGGUGGGGCCGCGCGUGGUGAAGCUGCUCGGCGGCAUGGUGCUGAGCAAGCCGGCUUCGGAGAGAGAGAACAGUAUCCUUGUGAUGUGGCACAACCUCGUCAAUACCCUGCAAGAGUACGCCUUGCAGCCGCCGCCCCCGCAGGACCACGAUUACGAAGAUCUCAACGUCGAACACGCUCAGCUCAUGGUGUACCUGUUUCAUUCGUUGACGCUGAUGCAGAAGAAGUCCGUCCUGCUCUCCACCGCCAACGCCAUCAUCAAGGUGGUGGAAACGCUGGGCAUAAACGACAGACAGCGCGCGAAGAUGCUGGCUCCGCACCGGCUGACGCUCGCGACCAGGCUGAUGCUGCUUCUGGAGUACCUCAUGAAACAUUUAUACGACGCCCCGCAGACGCUGCUGCAGCAGAUCGAAUGGAACCUCGUGGUGGCCACGGGCCUGGCCCGGCCCUCGGCGGAGACGUCUCUCGGCGAAGUCGGAACCGGCUCCGACGCCGGCCAGAAGACGCGCAUUUACUGCGAAGUGCCCUUCGUCGAGCAGACCUACCGGAGGCUGACGCAGGACGAGACCUCGAUGCGACCCAAGUUCUACGCGCUGACCGACACCAAAGUCAACAACCAGGAGAAUCCGAAGUUCGACGGGCUGGCCUGCAACUUCGUGCUCGGCACUCCGCACAAGUUGAAGUAUCCGGUGCUGGUGGACGCCCUCCUGGCCCUGCUCAACUGCGCCUGCGUCUGCGACUGUCGGAGCAAUCGCACCGCGGUGGCGGCUCGCGCCGCGGCGCACUACUGCUUCCAGACCGCUUGGAGGCUCGUGACGAGCAUGCCCCCGGCCACUCCGCACAUGGACAAGCUGCAGGCCGGGACGGCGGCCGACCUGCCUUCGCCUCUGCCGCUCUACGCCCUCGUGUGGGCUCCCCGCGCCGACGCCAAGAAGGCGUUCAACCCCUGGCUCAAGGACGCGCUCGUCAAACAGGGCAUGUACACGCAGUACGCCGAAAAUCUUCUGGCCGGAGUGAGCUCGUCGUGCGAUAACAUCAAAUACUCGGCCUGGCUGGCCUCGGAGACCAUCGAGCACCUGAAGGAGAACCUCCAAGACGGACUUCCGGCUCUCCUCGACGUGAUCUCUUGCGACGCGGCGUUGAUGCGCCUCAGGGUGUGCCUGGUGGACGCGUCCUCCGCGGCGGAGGCGCACCCCUUCGUGCCGCAUCUGCUGCGGCUGCUCGAGACCGUCCUCGCGUGUUGCAGGUCGAGCGCGAGCCUGGAGGCGGGGCCGGCGACGGAGGUGGCGCUGAGCGUGUGCGGCGUCGGGUGCGGCGCGGGCGCCGGGUCUCCGCCCCGACUGGGACCGGCGCUGAAGGCGCUGCUGCCGAGCGACGUGACCGCGCUGCUCGACUCCCGCUCGGCGGACCCGGCUUCGACGGUCGCGCCGUCCGAGGGCGCCGUGCUCGAGCUGGUGUCCGCGCACUGCGAGCUGAUGAGCGACAGGCCCGCCUACGGCGUCGGGCCCUCUCUGGCGAUGCUGGCUCGCUCGGCCGCCAGACUCCUGGAGAUCGGCGCGGCCGAGAUCGCCGACAGCCUCGAGCUGACGAGGAAGACGUUGGCGCUCAUCGUCCCCGCUCUGACCGACGGACGCCUCGAGUUCCUGGUCGAGCCGCUGACGGCCACUCUGAACUCGAUCGUGCCCCAGGCCGUCAAGGCGGAGGAGAUCGUACACGAGCACAUCCUGCGGACCACGUACCCCGCGCUCUGCGCCUACGCCCCCUCCGCGGAGGGGACGCUCGUGCACAUCGUGAGGUAUUGGGAGGAGAUACUGGAUCGUCAGGCCGGUCGCGCCGCCUACGAGGCCGUGUUCGUCGAAGGUGACCGCGAGUUCGUGCUCGGGAGGAUCCUUCUGUCGGCGCCCGACACCAGCAACCCUUUCACCGAUCGCAUCGUCAAGCUGUUCAUCAAGAUAUUCGCGGGCUGCGAAACGGAAGACGUGAGCCAAAGCCUGUGCGUCGGGGUGUGCAAGGUCAUCGGCGUCGCUGACCGCCAGAGCUUGUUGGACCUUCUCGGCCACAUCUGCAUUUGCGCACCGACCCUCGCGACGGUCGGCACGGCGAACGGCAGUCCCGCGGGGACGGAACUCCCGACUCCGACGGGCUCGGCCCCCGAAGGCCAUCCCGCCUCGCUCGCCCUGCGCAACGCCAUCCGCUGCGUGCUCUUCCGCACCGACGGCGACGCCGCCCCGCGCCCGGACCUGCCCGUCUUCGAGAAUCCUGUCGCGGCGACUCCGGCUCCGGGGGCUCAAUCGGAGACGAACGCCCAACAAUCUGGAAAUUCAGAGACGUGCAGCUGGUCGGACUGCAGCAAAGACAGCGCGGGGGCCACCGGGACGGGCGCGGGGGCGACCCGCGCCGAGGCGAGUUCGCCCGUGGGCGAGGGCACCCACGCCGCCCUUCUCACGGCGCUCUGCAAGCACGUCGUCCUGCACUGCGAAGAGGAGGCGAGCGAGCGGAUGCUGGUGACUCUGAUCGAAGUGAGCGGCGAAGGCUGUCCUCCUCCGCUGCUUCGAGAGAUGUGCCGCCUCGCGGACUCGCACUCGGGCACGCUCCACGAGCUUCUCUUCCCGGCCGCGCUGGCGUGGCUGUCCUCCUGCGUCGAAAGUCUCUGCAGCCCCGAGGUGCUGGAGAAGUUAGAGGAGGGCACGAUCGACAACGAGAAGACGUCGCCGCAGAUAGAGUCCGCGUGUACGCUGCUGUCGUACUUGGGCGACGCCUUGCACGCUAUCGGCGCUCCGCCCUCGCACGCAUGGCGAUCGGUCAGCCCGACCUGGGAAUCUCCUUCCGACCUCGGCUUCGACUUGGACUACGCCGACGAACAACAAGACGACGACGAUACGAGCGCCGACGAUUCCGACGAGGACGCGGUGCUCACCAACAAGCUGUGCACCUUCACCGUUACGCAACGCGAGUUCAUGAACCAGCACUGGUACCACUGCCACACGUGCAAGAUGGUGGACGGCGUCGGAGUGUGCACGGUCUGUGCGAGGGUGUGCCACCGCGGUCACGACAUCUCCUACGCCAAGUUCGGCAACUUCUUCUGCGAUUGCGGAGCCAAGCCGGACUUCAGCUGCCAAGCCCUGGUGAAGCGCGAGAAGUCUUCGGGCGGCGGCCGCCCCGCCGAGGAGGCGCCCCCGGCGCCGUCCCUGCGCCGUCGACCAUCCAGCCCCACGCCCGCCGCUUUGCUGGCCCCGCCCAGGAGGCCCGUGCUGGCUCACAACAUUCAGGGUUGCCGAAGCUUCCUGGCGAGCUACGGAAAGUGGGAGUGGUGCCUCGAACGCGUGCGCACGCUGCUGUGCGCGCUGGCGGGCCCCGUGCGCGCCGCGUGCGAGCGGACGGCCGCGGUCGGAGCGCACGGCCGAGCGCAGAGGGCGCUGGCGCAACUCCACCUGGGCGAAAAGAAGUUCUCGCACACGGACUCGCUCAUGCUGCCCACCCUAGGUUCUCAAGAAGGCGCCUUCGAAAACGUGCGAAUGUCGUACACGGGAGAGAACGGUCAGACCAUCAGACAGCUAAUAUCGGCACACAAGCUGCGCCGCGUGGCCAUGUGCUGCUUGGCUUCGCCGCAGGGCCGGAGGCAACACCUCGCCGUCUCGCACGAGAAAGGCAAAAUAACGGUGCUCCAGCUGUCGGCCCUCCUGAAGCAAGCCGACUCGUCGAAGCACAGGCUGACCCUGACUCGGCUGUCUUCGGCCCCGAUCCCGUUCACCGUGCUCAGCCUGAGCGGGAACGCGGCCAACGAGGACCUCUUGGCCGUGUGCGGCCUCAAAGAGUGCCACGUGCUCACCUUCAACUCUGGCGGAGCCGUGGCGGAUCAUCUGGUGCUGACGACCGACCUGGAGGCGAACAACUACAUAAUUAAAGCCAUCUGGCUGCCGGGCUCGCAGACGCAGCUCGCGCUCGUCACGUCGAACUUCAUCAAGAUAUUCGAUCUCAGCAAGGACCUCGACAGUCCCUCGCAUUACUUCCUCGUGCCCAGCGGAAAGGUCCGCGACGUGACGUUCGUGAACCAAGAGGGAGUGAUGAACAUGCUCUGCAUGAGCUCGGCGGGUCACAUCUACUGGCAGCCGCUGAGCGAGGAGUCUCGGGCGACGCUCGGCACCUUCUACGUCACCAACACCUUGGAAGUGUUGCACCCGGAGAUACAGGACGUCGCGGGGUUGGUGGGCGGAGGUGGAGUUUCGAUCUACUACUCGCACACUCUGAAGAUGCUCUUCUUCUCGUACGCUCAGGGAAAGAGCUUUCUCGCCCCGCUCAACUCGGUCGAAGACAGCGUCAAAGGCACCGCCAUGAUCACGGUGUACGGCGGAGGGGGUGGCCCGAAGGAGGGCGGGCGCGGCAAGGGCGGCGCCCAGUCUCUGCUGCAGUGGGCCGAAGUGCCCGGACACCCGGGCCUGCUCACGGCCCUGAUGCAGGCCUCCAACAAUCCCGUCGUGCUCAUGCUCACGCCGGCCGGAAUUCACGUGCAAGAGAUCAAGGUGGUGCCGGCCAAGGCGAAGAUCACCGACAUGGUGGCCGUGCGGCACUGGUGCGGCGCCGGCGAGCAGAAGAGCACGCUGAUCCUGCUGUGCGAGGACGGAAGCCUGCGCAUGUACGCCGCCGAUCCCGCCCGGACGGGCUUCUGGCUCUCCGGCGCCGUGCAGCCCGUGCACGCGCCGCGUAGGCGCGCCCGCCCCGUCAAGCCCUCGCACGCGCACACCGCCCCCCGGAAGCAGCAUCAGCCGACGCCGAAGACGAGCGACGGCGCUCCCCAAUUCCCGAUAGACUUCUUCGAGCACUGCCACGAGAUGAGGGACGCCGAGUUCGGCGGCAACGACCUCCUGCAGGUGUACAACACGGCGCAGAUCAAGCAUCGGCUGAACACCACCGGCCUCUACGUCGUGUCGACCAAGAUGAGCGGUUUCACAAUGGAAGUCACGAACUCCGACCCCAACACGGUCGUGUGCGGGAUUCGAGUCCUGCUCGGCAGCCAGGACGUCGCCAGGACCCCGACUUACGUCGAAAUAUACGGCAGAGCGGUCCCGACUAUGGUGGUUCGCAAUCGAUGGUUCGACAUUCCUCUCUCGAGAGAAGAGUCGUUGCAAUCCGACAAAAAGCUCUGCGUCGUCUUCGGUCCCUCGCAAGAUCCCGACGGCGUCACCAUGGUGGAUUCCGUGAAGAUCUACGGAAAGAACAAGGAGCAGUUCGGUUGGCCGGAGGAGAACGAGGACCCGGCCGCCUGUCCGUCUUCCGGCAGAGUGGCUCAGGAACCCGAAGGCGCGGCGGGCGCCGCCGACGGGCCCGGCGCCGUGGAGCGUCUGGCGUGCUCGGCUCUCGAGGUGCUAGAGCUGAGCGCCGGCGCGUCCGUUCGCUCGGGCGUCUCGGCGGGAGCGGACGCGGCCGCGGACGCCGCCGAGAGCCUGCUGUGCGUGCCCGCCUCUCCGCCGCUGCACGCGAGGGCCCAGUGCCUCCUGCGCGCCGUCUACCAGGGCGACUAUCAUCAGCGCAAGGACCGGGCCGUCCUGCGGUACGUGUGCGCCUCCCUGCGAGAACUGCGCGACGCGACGGACGCUCGCAACGUGGACCCCGAGGCGUACUUCCGCCUCGUGCUCCUCGCUCGCUCCGUGGCCGUCGCGCGUCCGCACAACUUGGUUCGAUUCACGGCGCCGACGCCCGCGAAGCCCGCCGACGGCGACUGGUCCGCCCUGUGGAAGGGAGACGCGCCGGGCGACGAGCCGCACGCGUGCGCCUUGCUGGUGAGCGUGCUCUGGAAGUUGGCGGCCUGCAAGAGCCAGGCGCGAGGCCCCCCCGGCAUCCUGUCUUACGGCUUGAGACACGCCGAGCACACUUUGCACGCCCUGGCCGACAUCAUACAUGCGUUCCAACUCAACUCCGACCCGGAAUGUGUCGAAUUCGGCAAUCAAAUCUACCUGUCGCUCCUCCUCGCCGAAGACCAGAACAUCAGCUUCGGCGCGAAGACGGCUCUCGUGCGAGUGCUGCGCCCUCGGGUGAAGAGGCGACGCGUCUACAUUCCGUCUCCGCCGAACACGCCGGGAGCCGGCUCGUCGGCGAACGCCGCUCGCGCGAGUGGCUCGGCGGCUGAGGUCGCGGCCUCGGAGCCCGAGCUCGGCGCCCGGCGGGAGCCUCGAUACGUGGACGUCGACGACUCGCUCGAACCGAUGGUGCUGCUGGCGCCCGACGGAGGUCUCGAGGCGCUGCUGGACAUUCCGGCAGACGCGGACGACGAGACGAUGGUGGAACUGGCCAUCGCGCUGUCGCUGCAGGAACAGGAGCAGCCCCGGAGGCAGCAGCCGCACACGCCCACGGCGCCGCCGCCGCCGGCGCCCGGCUUCAGCGACGCCAACGCCUCGCCUAACGGCUCGGACGACGAAGGCAGCACGGCGGCGACGGACGGCAGCACCCUGCGGACGUCGCCUGCCGAGGCGGCGGGAUCGGCCGGCGAGGAGAGCGGUGGUUCCGGCGCCGACAGCAUCGGCGGAGUGUCCGGCCGCAGCAGCGUAUACGCCGGGCCUUCGACCUCGUCGUCGCAGCCGGUGGCGUCCACGUCCCGCGGCCCCGAAGCGGAGAGCGAGACGCGCAAGCUGCACGCGCUGCGCCUGUCUCUGCUGUCCGCCGCGCUGGACGCCCUGCCGACCCUCAGGAACUUACCGGGAGUCAGAGCUAUUCCGUUCGUCCAAGUGGUGCUGAUGCUUGCCGGCGACUUGGAUUCUAGUGUCGAAGGGGACAGAGCGCUCCUGGAUCUCCUGCUGGAGGUUCUGAUCGGCGAGCUUGACAUUCAGAGCGAGGAGCCCUCGGGCGAAGAUCGCGACGCUCGACGAGACUUCCAGUUGGCCAUCGCCAGGUUGGAAACGCUGGCCUCGGAACCGGCCUCCGCCGACGACAGCGCCCCGCCCGUCUACGAGAGGACCAAUCGCAGAGAGCUGCAGCUCGUCAUUAUGAGACUGCUGAGCGUGCUCAUGAGCCGGUGGAAGACCUGCGGGUCCCGCGAGCACGCGCCCAGCGCGUCGUGCGCGGCCCACGUGUCGCGAUUGGCCGCGGCCGCCUUCGUGCGUGCCGGCGCCCCCGGCCACUGCUACGGCGUGCUGGCCGCGCUGCUGCCUUAUUGGCGGCAGAAGAACAGCAGCAACGCGGCCGCCUCGACUCCUACGCGACAGCUUCUCAAGCCUCAACCGCCGCAGCCGCUGCCCGACAUGCAGCCGUUCUUCGUCAAGGAGUACGUCAAGAGUCACGUCCUGGACGUAUUCGAUAACUACCCGCAGCUUUUGAUGGAAAUGGCGGUUCGUCUUCCGUACCAGAUCCACAAGCACUGCGAUUCCUCGCAUUUCGAUUCUCGCUGGCGCACUCUUCUCUGCGAGUACAUGAUGAACCCUCAGACGCCGCUCAGGAAACAAGUCCGCAAGCUCCUGCUGCUCCUGUGCGACACUCGAGAGCGCUACCGUCAGAUUCGCGACGUGCACGCGCUCGACACGCACCUGAACGCCGCGCGGGCGCUGCUGGCCACGGACCCCGCCUACGACAAGCUCGUUCGGCUCAUGGAGCAUCUCAAGGCGUGCGUGGAGAUCGUUACCCCUCGCACGGGCAACUGGCAGCACGCGUGCCGCUCGGAGCGGCGCGAGACCCUGCCGUGGCUGCUGGGCGCGGCCAGGCGCCUGCACCCGCACGUGGCUCCCACCGUGCUGCAGCUGCUGCAGGCGGCGCUGUGCCCGCCCGGCGCCCAGCCCGCGCACGCCGCCCAACCGGCCCAGGCCGGCGCCAAAGACGCCAAGGCGCAGCCCGAGUGGCCUAAGCGCGAGCGCAGCGCCGACAGCGACGGCUACGUGUCGGACGCCUCCAAGUUCCAAGAGCAGAGAGUGCCCGACCUCGUGGCCCAGAUACACAAACAGGUGUCUCAGGAAGAAUUGAAACUUUUCGUGAAGGCCUUCCUUCUGGAGACCAAUUCGACCGCGGUUCGUUGGCAAGCGCACGCGCUGCUAUUGGCCAUUUACAACAACUCGUCUCCGAACAAGCAAGCAUCUCUGGUGGCGCUGCUUUGGAGUCUGUGGCCCACGCUGCCGCAGUACGGACGCAAGGCGGCGCAAUUCGUCGACCUGCUCGGCUACUUCACGCUCAAGACCUCGAAGGUCGACGGCUCGGAGUACAUCGGCAGCGCGGUGGACCUUCUGCGCAACCAGAACCGUCUGUUGACGUCCCACGGGAACUCGGCUCUGUACGCGUCUCUGGGAGCGUACGUGGAGCUCGAGGGCUACUACUUGGAGUCGGAGCCCUGUCUCGUGUGCAACAACCCGGAGGUGCCCAUGGCCACCAUCAAGCUGCCCACGAUAAAGAUCGACUCCAAGUUCACGACCACGACGCAGAUCGUGAAGCUCGUGAGCAGCCACACGAUCAGCCGCAUCAGCCUGCGCGUCGGAGACAUCAAGCGCAGCAAGAUGGUGCGCGGCAUCAACUUCUACUACAACAACCGCACCGUGCAGGCCGUGCAAGAGCUCAAGAACAAACCCGGCAUGUGGCAUAAGGCCAAGCGCGUCCAGCUGCAAUCCGGACAGACCGAAGUGCGGGUGGACUUCCCGCUGCCGAUAGUCGCCUGCAACCUCAUGAUGGAGUACGCCGACUUCUACGAGAACCAGCAGGCCACCGGGGAAUCUCUUCAGUGCCCGCGCUGCUCGCAGUCGGUGCCCGCGAACCCCGGGGUGUGCGCGAAUUGCGGCGAAAACGUCUUCCAAUGUCACAAGUGCCGGGCAAUAAACUACGACGAAAAGGAUCCCUUCCUGUGUCACGCGUGCGGCUUCUGCAAGUACGCCAAGUUCGACUACACUCUGAUCGCCAGACCCUGCUGCGUCGUCGAUUCCAUCGAAAACGACGAGGAACGGAAGAAGACCGUGCAGACAAUCGGCACUCUGCUGGACAAGGCCGACCGCGUCUACCGCCAGCUGAUUGCCAACAAGCCCCACUUGGAGUCGCUCGUGCACAAGAUAAGCGAGCACCGCGUGGACGGUCGACCGGACGAGAACAGCAACACGGCGACCGCGGCCCUGGGAGGGGGUCAGGUCAACCGCGUGAUCCAGGCGCUCGCGCACAAGUACUGCGUCGAGAGCAAGGGGCACUUCGAGGACCUCUCCAAGAUCAUCCAGAAGGUGCUGGCCUGCAGGAAAGAAUUGGUCGCCUACGACAAAGCUCAGAGCGACCGACAAAACGGAGAGGCUUCGCCCGCGUACUCCGUGCUCGCGCAGAACUACGACGGCGAUCUCGCCAAGGAGAGCGGCGGCUCGUGCUACGGGUGCUCGCUGUGUACGGCGGAGCACUGCCUGACACUGCUGCGGGCCCUGGCGUCGCAGCCUGACAAGAGAGCCGCCCUGUGCGGCGCCGGCCUCGUGCACGAGCUCGUGCAUCACAAUCUGCACCGCGGCACGCCGCAGAGCCAGGAAGAGGUGCGCGCCCUGAUCUGCCUGGUGACUCGAGACAACUUGGCGGCCACCGAACGCCUGUGCACUCUGCUGACGCAGCGCAUCACUCUGUCGCUCGUGGGGCACGCCGCCUCGCAGGACCACAACAACUCCGUGCGGCCCCUGGUUCUCCUCUUGGGAUCGCUGGUGAAAGUCCAGGACUCGAUCGAAUGUUGGGAGGUGAGGCUGCGAUGCGUCGUGAAGCUGUGGGUCUGGUGCUGCCCGAAAGUGAGCGAAGUGGCAGGGAUCCCGCCGGCCGCCCAAUACAUCCUCAAGGACGAGGCGUUGGUCGACAUGCCCGGCAUCAACACCUCCUCGCCCAACUCUCACCAAUUCGCCCUUCAACAAGUGGCCCUGCCUUGUCUCCGCUACAUGCAAGAGCUGAUGGCUCCGCUCGCCGCCGCGCCGUCCGCCGCGCCGUCCGCCCUCUCCGCUGCGGCCUCCGCGACGGACGAUCGAGUCGAGGAAGUCAAGGUACGCGUCGUCGAAUCGUAUCGUGUACGCGGUCGCCGGACGACCGUAACGCCGGACGCGUGUCCGCAGGAGGGCGACGAGCCGCCGAAUCGGACGGGCGACCUCGUCGUCGACCUGGCGGCGUGGCUGGCCGGCCGAGUGUCGCAGAGGGAGUGGCGCAGCCUGGCCGCCCCGGAGGCCGCGCCGCCCGCCGACUGCGAGCUGCCGCCGAGGGACCUGCGUCUGGCGCGCGAGUGCGUCGGCCGGUGGAGGCGCCGGGUGCUGCUCGGCCGCGGCAUGCGGCGCGUCAGCCUGUCGGACGGCGGCUGGCUGCGGCCCGUCAUGUUCGACCCCAGCUCCCGCAUCGCGAGGGACACGGCCUGCCGAGUCGUCGCGUCGCUGUGCGACUCGUACGAGCGGACCAAAGCGGUGCUGAUUCUGUUGACGAGCUUCCUGCCCGAGGUGGGCGCGGCCGGGGAGGCGAGCGAGCAGUUCCUUCAGCUGUAUCAACGACUAGCCGCGAAGAGCCCGUGGAAGCAAUUCCUGGCGCUGCGGGGCGUGCUGCAGCAGAUAGCGGAUCUCAUGACUGACGAGAUCGAGCAACUGCACCGCCUCGAGGAGACCACGCUCACCUCGGACCUGGCUCAAGGAUACGCUCUUCAGCGUCUCACGGAGUUGUUGGCGAUGUUCCUGGAGGAGCCGGGGGCGCGGAGGGCGUACAAAGGCCGGCUGGUGGGAGCCGUCCUCGGGGGCUACCUCUCUCUGCGUAGGCUGGUGGUACAGAGGACCCGCCUCACGGACGACACGCAGGAGAAGCUGCUGGAGCUGCUCGAGGAGAUGACCACCGGCACCGAAGCGGAGACGGCCGAGUUCAUGGCGGUGUGCAUAGAGACCGUGCAGAAGUACCCGCUGCACGACUACCGCACUCCGGUGUUCAUCUUCGAACGGCUCUGCUCCAUCAUCUACCCGGAAGAAAACGACGUCGGCGAAUUCUUCCUCUCUCUGGAGAAGGAUCCGCAGCAGGAGGACUUCUUGCAGGGCCGCAUGUUGGGCAACCCGUACUCGUCGGGAGAGCCGGGAAUGGGGCCCCUAAUGCGCGACGUCAAAAACAAGAUCUGCACGGACUGCGAGCUCGUGGCUCUGCUGGAAGACGACAACGGGAUGGAGUUGCUCGUCUGCAAUAAGAUCAUGUCCCUGGACUUGCCCGUCAAGGAUGUCUACAAGAAGGUGUGGUGCACGUUGGGAGAGAGUCUGGAGGCGAUGCGCGUCGUGUACCGUAUGAGAGGCCUUCUCGGAGACGCCACCGAAGAGUUCGUGGAGACGCUCAGCCAGACCAACGCCGAAGCCGUCGACGACGAGCAGACGUACCGCAUGGCCAACGUGCUGGCGGACUGCGGCGGCCUGGAGGCGAUGCUGCGGCGCUUGGCGGCGAUCCAGCGAGUGGGCGCCGCGCGAGCCCUAGUGUCGACCCUGCUGCGCCUGUUGAGUCUGUGCGUGCGCGUGCGCCGCUGCGUGCGCGUGCUGACGAGUACGGAAACGCGCGCCCUGCCCGUCCUCUUGCACGCGCUCACGCUCGCCGCCGCCGAGGAGAAGGACAUGCCCAGGGCCGAGCUCGUGCAUCAACUGCUCGAGAUAAUGGAGCGCAUACUCACCGUGGCGGCCAGCGAGAGCUUGGAGUCGUUCCUGCAAUUCUCGCUCACGUUCGGCGGCCCGGAGCACGUGCAGGCGCUGCUCAACUGCACCGAACUGACAGCGAUCCGCAACAACUCCGUGUCUCUCGGCCACCUGAUGCGCGUUUUGGCCGCGUUGGUGUACGGCAACGACCUGAAGAUGGCGAUGCUGGUGGAGCACUUCAAGCCGGCGCUGGAGUUCGAGCGCCUCGACGCCGAGCAGUGGGGCGAGCGCGAGUUCCGCAUCGAGCUGUUCUGCGCGCUCUGCGCCAACAUCGAGAGGAACAGCGUCGGAGGGACGCUCAAAGACUACCUGAUCUCGCUCGGCGUCGUCCGCGACGCCUUGGACUACAUAGUGAGACACGCGCCGUGCGUGAAGCCGACGCUGGUCUGCACCGACUCCGACGAGCUGAAGGAGUUCAUAAGCCGGCCGGCUCUGAAGUUCAUCCUGCGGUUCCUCACCGGCCUGGCCUCCGACCACGAACCGACUCAGAUGCUGGUGUGCGAGAAGGCGAUCCCGAUAGUGCAUCGGCUCGAGCAGGUGUCCUCCGGGGAACACGUGGGCUCCCUGGCCGAGAACCUUCUCGAGGCGCUCCGGUCGCAGCCGCAGUGCGCCGACAGGGUGCGGCAAGUGCGGGAGUUCACCAGACAGGAGAAGAAGCGCCUCGCGAUGGCCGUGCGCGAGCGGCAGCUGGGCGCGCUGGGCAUGCGCAGCAACGAACGAGGGCAGGUGACGGCGCAGUGCUCGCUCACGCAGCAGGUGGCCGACCUGGCCGAGGAGGCCGGCGCCGUGUGCUGCAUUUGCCGCGAGGGAUACAAGUACCAGCCCACGAAGGUGCUGGGCGUCUACACUUACACGAAGCGCUGCCCCGUGGAGGAGGCGGAGGCGCGCCCGCGCAAGACCCUCGGCUUCACGACGGUCUCGCAUUAUAACGUCGUCCACGUCGAGUGCCACAUGGCCGCCGUGAGGCUGCAGCGGGCCAGGGACGAGUGGGAGAGCGCCGCGCUGCAGAACGCCAGCACUCGCUGCAACGGCCUGCUGCCGCUGUGGGGACCCAACGUGCCCGAGUCGGCCUUCGCCAGCUGCCUCGCCCGUCACACCACCUACCUGCAGGAGUGCACGGGCCACCGCGACAUCGGCUACCAGUGCACGGUGCACGACCUGAAGCUGCUCGCGUGGCGCUUCGCCCGCGGCCGCACCUUCCACGACGACACGGGCGGCGGAGGCCCGCUCUCCAAUAUGCAGCUGCUGCCGGCGCUGCUGCACAUGGCCCUCUACGUCAUGAACACCACCCGCAUGGCGGCUCGCGAGGCCAACGCCGUGAACGAGUUCCUGUCCUGGGCGCCGGCCAAGCGCCUCGAGUCGGCUCACGAGGCGGACGGCGCCCUCUACUACGCGACGCUCGCGCUGCUGGUCCUGCCGCCCGCCGAGUGGCGGCGCAACCGCGUGGAGGUGCUGCGUCGGCUGCUGAUCACGGGGCAGGCGCGCUGCGUGUCGUGCGGCGUGCCGCUGCACGCGCUGUCGCCCGAGCAGCGCGUCCCGAGGCCCUGGGCCGACCUCAAGGCCUUCGCCGUGUUCGCCGCCCUCGUCGACCAGCUCUACGGGGUCAUGUUCAAGAACGUGUCGGCGGCCUCCGCGGAGCAGUGGCCCGUGAAGCUGGCGGAGUACAUCCGCGUGAGCGACGAGGCCAACGCGAAGGCGGCCGAGCGCAUCGUGGCCACGCUGACCGACGAGCUGCUGCCCUGCACCUCCUUCGCCGAGUUCUGCGACGCGGCCGGCUUCCUCGAGGACUUCCCCGACCCCGACGCGUUUCUUUCGACUGUCUUCGAAGACCUCUGA